AUGGAAAAACUCCACUAUUAUACUGCGCUACAGAUGUUAAAAGAACAAUUAACUAUAAACCAACUAGAUUAUGCGCAUUUCAAGUAAAACAAACAAUUCCACCUCCACGCAUACAGAAUCAUUACUUCAGACACAAAAGGCACAUAAAACGGCAUAUCUGACAACGUCCUUAUUCUGAAAUAUGACAAUGCCUAUUUAGUUUGGCUAAUGCUGGAUAACUAAAAGUAGCUGUUUACGACAAACCGUCCAACUCUAAAGCAUAAGUGUUUGAUUGACAUAUCAAAAGCCCACGUGAUGCAAACGGUAGUCACUUCCAAAAAAAACUGUUAUGGCAUCUUCUACCAAGCAACGCAUGGCUUCCAAAACUUUCACAGCGUGAAAAUUCAAUCAUGACACAGCCAGCCAAGCGGAGGUUAAACUCAACCCGCACAAAGGAAAAGGGGAGCAGAAUUAACAAAGGAAGAACGAAGGCUCGUUACAGCCAAGGUCCGAAAAACAGGCCGUUUCCAGUCAUGACACACUUCCUAGAGUUACCGGACGACAUUAUCUUCGUGAUUUGCUCCUAUCUCGAUACCAAAGCUUUAUGUCGCUUAAGUCAAACCUGCCUCAGACUGCACCAUUUAACUAACUACGAUUCCGCAUGGAGAAGAAUAGCGAAAAAAUGCCUUAACACUGGAAUUACACACGAUGGUCUUGACCUAUUUUCUACCUUAUUCUCUAUAACUUGUAUUUCUAUCAUCUCCAAUCAAAGAGCUACUUCAUCAUCUGCUGUCUCUUGGAGAUUACAAUUUCCAAAUAUUUCUCUGAAAGACAGAGUAAAGGUGUCACAGAACUGGAAAAGAGGGCUGUACAGAGAAGAUGCACCUUUAAAGUGGAAAAAAAAUUUGCUGCCUUGGAUCCAGCUAGAUGGUGAUAUACUUUAUCUGUCCCAAGCUGCUGAUAUUAGGGCUUUUAAACUUCAGCCUGAGAAGUAUAGUUUGAAGCGAAAACCUUUGGUUGUGUACACUGGUCACAGAGAGGAUGUGUGCCGAUUUCUGCUAACCAGUUCGCAUAUUAUCAGUGGAGGAGGAGAUGGCAAGAUUAUUCUUCACCAAAAACUUAGUAAUUUCAAGAUUGAGUUUUCCGCUCAUGAGCAGGAAGUGAACUGCAUUGACUGCCUUGGAGGUGUCAUCUUGAGUGGUUCAAGGGAUAAGACAGCAAGGGUUUGGUCCCUGUCUUCAAACACCCUUGGCCAGUGCUUGCAUACCAUACCGACAGGUGACAGGGUUUGGUCAGCUGCUAUAAGCCCCAUCCUCAGCUCAUUUGCAACUGGUACAGCAUGCUGUGGCCAUGUGUCACCCCUAAGAAUUUGGGACCUUGAAAGAGGGGAACUACUUACAUGCCUUGGCGAAGAUUUUCGCAGAGGAGCUGGUAUCCUUGAUAUCUUGUAUGAAACACCAUUUACAUUAUUCUCGUGUGGUUAUGACACCUAUAUCCGAUACUGGGACACACGAGUUAGUACAACGAAGUGUAUGGUUGAAUGGGAGGAGCCUCAUGAUAGUGCUUUGUACUGCAUACAGACUGACAGAAAUAACAUGAUCGCUAGUGGCUCAGCCUACUAUGGAGUGGUACGACUGUGGGAUAAAAGACAGUCUUACUGUUUGCAGACCUUCUACUUGUCUGUACCAGUCAGCAGCCCAGUAUACUGCCUACGAUUCACUACUUCUCAUCUGUAUGCUGCUUUGUCGUCUGCCCUCCAUGUAUUGGACUUCAAAAGUGUAGAACCUCAUCAUUCCUAAUCUGUAAAGAAGAGACGUGUCUUAAAUAAAGUUGAGACAUGCAUAAUUACCUUUCAGACUACAACAUGAAACAGGAAGACUCCAGAAUCAUUUAUUAAAGGAUUAUUGGACUCCAGUUUCUUCUCAUCAAACCUCACACAGACACAAAAUAGAAUAACUUCAUAUUAAAUAAUAAAUGGCAAUCUGAACUCUACAAAAGGUUUUAAAUGGUGUCAGCUUAGAUGUUUACAUCAAAAACUGUAAUGCAAAGUCAGCUAAUGUUGGCAUUGCUACUACUAACGGGAUAUGUGAUGGAAAGAUCUGUUUAUUGUGAAACUGGCAUCAGCCAACUUUGAAAGACAUUUAUUUAUAUUCUGAAUUAGUUUCUUUAAUUUCUGAUUUUUAUUAUUCUGAAAGGUAGAGUUGCCUUUCUUGCUGAAGUAGAGAGAUCUUGUGACUUAAAUCCUACCCUCAAACAAUGCAGAAUAUGCAUUUUGAUGUUAUGUUGAGACUAAAGACUUAGUGUUGCAGAACUGUUGUUUUGGUUGGUUUAUAACAUACAAAGGCGUUUCAGAUAUUAUAGUGCAAUAUACAUGGGAAAAGUUACAUUUAUUUUUCUCCUAGUGUCAAGACAUUUUCGAUUUUUCCUGAUUCUUUUGUGAAACAGCUGCCAAAAUAAUACUGGUCCUGUGAAAAGAGGGAUAUAUGGUAACCUUGUGUGACAUUGAAUUUGGGGGGGGGGGGGUCUCUUGAUUUCAGUAUAUCCGUUAGGUUUUCUUAGAGGAACAGUCAGAUAAAAUUACUGCUGUUUAGAUUUGGCACAACAAAGUACUGACUUUAAUGUAUUGAUUGUAUACAAAGACCACAGGAAAGGAUACAUGCAAAGUGUAAAGCUCCUUCUCCUCACAUUCUAAAGGUGCUCUCCCAAAGUAUACCUUUGAUUCUCUGAUUUGGAAGGCUGGGAUCACUUACAGUGUGCCAGUUUGAUGUGGUUCUUUGCUCCCCGCAUUAGGGAUUAUGCAGACAUGAAGCCCCCCUUCCAUCUCCUUUAUAUGUGUACAUAGUAAAGAAAUAAUGGACUGGGCCCUUGAGAGCUGUUUUUGUGUGUAAUGCCAGCUAUUCCAUAGUAUUUUUGUAAGGGUUCCUAUUAUGUUAUCUAAAGAUAAUGUAAUCGAGCAGCCAAAACGGACACAUUUGGAAGUUUGAAUUGUGGGAUCGCAGUAUAGUGAAGAUUGGGAUAUUUGCCCUUUCCUCACUGUAGUGCGAUCUCAGAGUUGGAACAUAUAUUUAGCGAGGGGUGGGGGUGGGCAGCCCCCACAAUAAAAGUUUCAAAAUGCGGCCAUUUCGAUGUUUCGGCCAUUCGAUUACGUUAUUUUUUUGAUAUAAUAUGAACCCCUUUUUGUAAACCUUACCUAACGUUAUCACAAUUUAUUAUCAUGAAGAGUAAUUGAAGCAUCAUAAGUAAAAUAUUUUAAGAUGGAUAACCGUGCAUUUCAAGCUGAUUCAUUUUGUGAAGUAACAGUCAGGCAGAUACUUUCCAUAAUGAAAGCUAAGGAGGCACAAGCCCCCCAAAAACCAGAUCAUAUAAUAUUCUAAGUAAACAUGUAAGGUAGAUAUUUCAGUUUUAAAUAUGUGAAUUACAUUUACCUAUCAAAUAAGAUGAUGGCUAUGAAUAUUUAGAUGGAGCAACAAUAACUGUAAACAUUUAUUUUAGUUUUGUUGGGGGUAUUGCAGAUAAAAGAACUUAAGAGGAAAUAAAGCUAAAAAUUAAAAUAAAAAAAAAAUAAUCACUGGAAUUUCUUUAUAAUAUUUUAUAUAAAUCAUACAUGAAUAAAUUAUGUUCACAUCUUUUAAUCCUCACAGUUGCUUCUA